AUGAAUAAUUUUUCACUCAACUCAGCCAUGUCAUAUCAUCAAUGGCCAACAAACAAAUUUAUUCGCAUCUGUGUAUUGACGAUUAUAAUGUGCGUUACUUUUAUUGGUAAUUGCUAUAUUAUAGUCGAAUUAUUUUGUCGACGUCGUCGCCAUCGUACACGUUUACAUUUAUUUAUACUAAAUUUGGCUAUCGGAGAUUUAGCCAUAUGCUUAUUUACGAUGACAUCAGAAUUAUUUCUUUUGAUUUUUGAUCAAGAAUGGAUUCUAGGAAAUAUCGCAUGUAAACUAACACUUUAUAUUCAAGUUGUUACACUUGCUUCAACAACAUUUAUCAAUGUGGCAAUGACGUACGAUCGAUAUGAAGCCAUCUGUUGUCCAUUUCGAUCGUGUACACCUCUUCGUCGUGUACGUCGUAUUAUAACUCUAUGUUGGUUGAGUUCAUUGAUAGUAGCAAUUCCGCAAUUAUUUAUAUUCAAACAAAGUUCGAAACCAAAUAAUUCAGAAAAAUAUCGUUGCAGUAGUACAGGCUAUACAGCAGAAUGGCAGCGUCGAGUUUAUUUCACAAUAUUUGCUAGUUAUCUUCUUGUAAUACCAGUUUUUUGCAUGACAAUAUGGUACGUAAAAAUGAUACGUGUUGUUGGAUCUUCAACAAAAAGAUGGAUGCAAAAAACUAAUAGCCAAACAUCAACAGUUCUUACGUCAACCGUAGAAUCUCCACCCAAAUUUAAAACAGUUAAAUUAGCGAUGACAAUUAUUAUUGUAUUUGUUGCUUGCUGGACGCCUUAUAUAUUUAUAACUUUAAUUGAAAUUUACACGAAUCGUUAUGCGCGUGUGUCAUCGCGGCUUGAUGGAGUAUUGCAAACGAUAUGUUUCGCACAGAGCAGUCUUAAUCCAUUUGUUUAUAUUAUAUUUAAUCAUAGAUCAAAACAUUUGCCAACAGUAAUUAUUACUUCAAUAAAAACAAGCUCGCCAACUAUUCGAUCACCAGGACUACAAUAUAAUUCAACAUCAUCCUAUGGUACUGCUAGAACUCCACUGAGAUUAAAUAAUUAUCGAUCCUAA